CUCUGCCUGCAUAUCAACAUGUUGUUCAAUGUGUUAUACUUAUUCAUCACAAUUGUCCUGAUUUUGUUCGUAUCGUCUUAUAUUUUAAUAUUAUUUAAAUGCAAAAGAAAAGCAAUUGUGGAAAUUGUUUUGCCGAAUGGAAAAAAACUUAAACGUGCAUUCAAGCAAGCUCCUGGCCCGCAUCCUUGGCCCAUUCUUGGUAAUUUGGAUAUAAUUGGCCAGUUCGACAAUCCCUUCAAAGGAUUCGGAACAUUGGCAAAUUGUUAUGGCGACAUUUACUCUUUGACACUUGGCCACACGCGCUGUCUUGUCGUAAACAACUUGGAUCUGAUACGAGAAGUUCUUAAUAAGAAUGGUAAAUUCUUUGGUGGCCGUCCGGAUUUCCUACGCUAUCAUAAACUGUUUGGAGGUGACCGUAAUAACUCCCUGGCUUUGUGCGAAUGGUCACAAUUGCAGCAAAAACGACGAAAUUUAGCUAGACGUCAUUGCUCCCCCCGAGAAUCGUCGUCAUAUUUCUCUAAGAUGUCCUUGAUUGGAUGUGCAGAAGCUGAAAUAUUACUGGGCGAGCUGGAGAAAGUUAUUUUACCUGGACAGUCCGUCGAUUUGAAGCCCAUCUUAAAUGCAGCCUGUGCGAAUAUGUUUAGCCAGUAUAUGUGCUCAAUGCGAUUCGAAUAUGAUGACGAGGAAUUCAAGAAAAUUGUUUGGUUCUUUGACGAAAUCUUUUGGGAAAUCAAUCAAGGACAUCCACUGGAUUUUCUGCCUUGGCUGUCACCAUUUUACAGACAGCACACAAAUCGCAUUGCACAUUGGUCGACAACAAUUCGCAAGUUCAUUCUGGAUCGCGUUCUGGAGCAUCGAGAGCUGAACAUUGAUCCUGAGGAGCCAGACACCGACUUCACCGAUGCAUUGUUGAAAAGUUUGAUUGAGAACGAAAACAUGUGCCGAAACACAAUCAUAUUUAUGCUGGAAGACUUCAUCGGUGGCCAUUCAGCUGUUGGGAACUUGAUAAUGCUGGUCCUUGCCUAUAUAGCCAAAGAUCCAGCAAUUGGCAGACAUAUUCAAUGUGAAGCCGAUCUUGUCUCAAAUGAGGGAAAGCGAAGUAUUACUUUAGAAGAUAUGGAACUAAUGCCCUACACAAUGGCCACAAUCUUCGAAGUCCUACGCUACUCAUCAUCACCCAUUGUUCCUCAUGUGGCUACUGAGGACUCAGUUAUAUCUGGAUUUGGAGUAAUGAAGGGCACAAUCGUAUUUAUAAACAACUACGUACUCAAUAUGAGCGAAGAAAGUUGGAAAAACCCUCAGAAUUUUUGCCCAGAAAGAUUUUUAGAGGAAAGCUCCAAAAAGAAUACUCAGAAAGCAUCUGCAUCCGAUGAUAAAAGAAAAAUGUCUGAAGGUUCUGAUUCCGGCAUAGAGUUCGAAGAGGAUAAUCAUUUUGUAAGCAAUAUAGACAAUCAAAGUAAUCUGAAGCACCCAAAGUUUCAAUUGAGAAAAAAUCUUCCACAUUUUUUGCCAUUUAGUAUAGGGAAACGCACAUGUAUUGGACAAAAUUUAGUUAGAGGAUUUGGAUUCAUAUUACUUUCGAAUAUUUUAUUACGUUACAAUAUAAGCACUCAAGACAUUACGAACAUAAAAAUUAAUCCAGCUAGCUUAGCUUUACCCGCAAACUGCUUUCCACUUAUAUUAACGGCACGAAAUAAAAUAAAGCAAUACAAAAUUUAA